AUGGUGACUUUUACACCAACCAUUACCCUUUACCCUUAUGAAACCGUGCCGGGCUGGCGCAGGAGAACGCCGUGUCGACCCGAGGGAACCCUUGACAUUAUGAAGAGAGCUCAGCGUCUCCGAGCGAGGAAAAGGUCGUCGGCGCCUCCCUCUGCUCGCGGGAGACUCGAGGUGCGCUGUACGCAAGCAACCCCAGACCGCAAGCAACCCCAGACCACAAGCAACCCCAAACAAGCCCAGACCGCAAGCAACCCCAGACCGCAAGCAACCCCAGACCGCAAGCAACCGCAAGCAACCCCAGACCCCGAUGACGGAAGCCUCAGCCCCCCCCCCCCCCGGCGUACCCGAGAUGGCCCGGGGUUCUUCCGUGAUCCUCUGAGACAAGCAAACUCCAGACCGCGAAAGCAACCCCAGACAGCAACUCCAGACCGCAAGCAACCCCAAGCAACCCCAGACAGCAAGCAACUCCAGACGAAGCAACCCCAGACCGCAAGCAACCCCAGACCGCAAGCAACCCCAGACCGCAAGCAACCCCAGACAAUAAGACCCAGCGCAAGCAACCCCAGACCGCAAGCAACCCAGACCCAAAGCAACCCAGACCGCAAGCAACCCAGACCACAAGCAACCCCAGAUCCGCAGCAACCCGACCAAGCCCCAGACCGCAAGCAACCCCAGACGCAAAGCAACCCCAGACACAAGACACCAGACAACCCCAGACCGAAGCAACCCCUGCAACCCCAGACCGCACAAGCAGACACCCAGACGCAAGGACUCAAUGCAAGCAACCCCAGCCCCGAUGACGGAAGCCUCACCCCAACCCGCCGUACCCACCGUGAUCCUCUGACAGACCGCAAGCAAGCCCCAGACCGCAAGCAACCCAGACCACAAGCAACCCCAGACCCCGAUGACGGAAGCCUCAGCCCCCCGCCGUAA